AUGGGUUUCGUUGAGGAUGAGCUUCGGCAGCUCAAAGAGGUCAUCGGCAACCUCGACUCUCGUAUCAAGCAGCUCGAGAAGCGCGCCACAGGCUCUACUCCGUCAACGAAAGAAAUCCGCAUGAUCAUCAUGGGACCUCCUGGAGCUGGCAAGGGAACGCAGGCACCAAAUAUCAAGGAGCGGUUUUCUUGUUGCCAUCUGGCUACCGGCGACAUGUUGCGUUCGCAGGUUGCGAAAAAGACUCCGCUCGGGCGGGAGGCGAAGAAGAUCAUGGACCAAGGUGGCCUUGUCAGCGACGAUAUUGUUAUCGGAAUGAUCAAGGAGGAGCUGGAAAAUAACAAGGAAUGCCAAGGAGGUUUCAUCCUUGAUGGCUUCCCUCGAACCGUUCCGCAGGCCGAGGGCCUCGAUGCCAUGCUUCAAGAACGAAACCAAAAGCUGCAACAUGCUGUUGAAUUACAAAUUGAUGACUCGCUUCUCGUCGCUCGCAUCACCGGCCGUCUUAUCCACCCUGCAUCGGGCCGGUCGUAUCACAGCACCUUUAACCCUCCCAAGGAGCCUAUGAAAGAUGACGUGACGGGCGAACCUCUUGUUCAGCGAAGCGAUGAUAACGCCGAUGCACUGAAGAAGCGUCUGGUUACGUAUCAUAAGCAAACGACGCCCGUUGUUGGCUACUACCAAAGAACUGGCAUUUGGAAAGGCGUUGAUGCCAGCCAACCCCCUGGACAGGUUUGGACAAACAUGUUGGAAAUUCUCGAAGGAAACAAGAGUCACAGCUCUAGCUUGCUGAAUCGAGUUACUGGCAAGAAUUAA